AUGGCUGACUCUACAGCAAAGCUUGCCACGGCCACCUCCCAUCACGAGGAGGACAGCCACAGCCUGAAGCAUGCCACGACGCAGAAUAUCAUGACCGAGUCGCGCAUGCAGGCUGCUCUGCUGCGUGAGAACCCGCGUCCCUUCCGCAAGAGCUUCCUCAAGCUGUACGGCUGCAUUUUUGUCGGCUACCUGUGCUGUGCCACCAACGGCUUUGACUCCAACACGUUUGGCGGCCUCUCUGCCAUCCCCCAGUUUACCAAAUACUUUGGCAUCACCACCAAGAACCAGGGCCUGGUCGCCGCCCUGUUUGUCAUUGGCAACAUUGCCGGCUCGCUGUUUGCCGGCCCGUGUGCCGACAAAUACGGCCGCAAGGUCGGCAUGGCCCUCGGCUCGGCCAUUUGUGUCGUCGGCGCCAUCCUCCAGACGGCCGGCCAGAACCUGGCCAUGCUGGAGGCCGGCCGCUUCAUCCUCGGCGUCGGCGCCGUGCUGGUCCAGACGGCCGGUCCGGCCUACGUCGUCGAGAUGUCGUACCCCAAGUACCGCGCCCAGCUCACCGGCGGCUACCAGGCCUGCUUCUUCUUGGGGACCAUCAUCUCGACGUGGCUCGAGUACGGCCUCAACCACAUUGACACGACCCUGUCCUACCCCUGGCGGCUGCCUCUCGCCGUCCAGGGUCUGCCGUCGGUCAUUAUGCUGCUCUACGCCCAAGGACGCGAGGAGGAGGCCAAGGCCAUUCUCAUCAAGUACCACGGCGACGGCGACCCGAACGCGCUAGUGGCCAACCUCGAGCUAGAAGAAAUGGCCGAGGUCAUUGAGCUCGAUGGCACCGACAAGCGCUGGUGGGACUUCCGGUCGCUGUUCCGCACCCGCGCCGAUCGCUACCGCAUCUUUUUGGUCUCCUGCAUUUCGUGGUUCGGCGAGCUGGACUUGCCUCCGACCAGCUACUACUUUCCAUUGAUGGUCAAAACUGUCGGCAUCACCAGUGUCUCGACGCAGCUGUUGCUGAACGCCAUCCAGACACCCGUCAUGGCCGUGGCCGCCCUUUUGGGCCUGAGUCUCGUCCACAAGUUUGGCCGUCGGAAGCUGCUCAUGAUUUCCAGCGCCGGCAUGACCGUGUCCAUGGCCAUCAUCACGGCGUGCACGGCCAAACAAGCAGGCCGGCCCGCCGUCGGCGGCACCGGCAUUGCCUUUCUCUACGUCUUCCUUGUGUGCUUUGCCUUUGCAUGGACACCAAUGCAGUCGCUCUAUCCCGUCGAGGUCCUCGCCUACAAUGCCCGCGCCAAGGGCAUGGCCUACUUGGCCUUUAUGAACAACGCCGUCAAGGUCCUCAACACAUACGUGCCACCCAUUGCCAUUGCCAAUUCCGGCUGGAAGUACUACUUGCUCUACGUCAUCUGGGACGCCUUUGGCAUUGUCGUCAUCUACUUCUUCUUCGUCGAGACCCGCGGCUGGAACUUGGAGGAGAUCGAGGCUCUGUUCCAUGCCAAGAACCCCGUCAAGGCCAGUCUGGCCAAGAAGAAGAUUAGCGUCGCCGAGGACGGCACCAUCACCAAAGUGGCCGGUCCGGAUGAUAUUUGA